UGCGCCAAGCCCCGUGUUCGACAGUUCAGUUUCCUCCAGGAUUUUGAACCGGUUGCUACGCUACUCGUUCCCCACUUCCAUUCAGUGAUUUUUGUGAUUCGGUGGGGCUGUUCGAAGGGCUCAUAUUCACGAUCAUCUCGAUUUUAGUAAAAAUGGAGAUGAAUUUUCGCGUAAAUUCGACGAGGGAGAGAAGUGCAGUGGAAGGUCACGAAUGGACAACGACAUCCCCGCUGACACCAGAAGAGGAAGAUGCAGUAGUAACUCUCGUUAUCAUAGUGCUCGGCGUAAUAAUCGCGAUCGUCGUGCUAUUCUCAAUGGGGAUUUUUCUCGAUUGCAAGCACCAAAUACGUGACUCAAGGAAGAAGAAGACACGUUUGCGGAUGAAGAUGCCCCUCUCCCCCCUGAAGAAACACAAAGACGAUGGUAGAUCCCUCGCAUCGGACAUGUGUCCAAGCGGAACAACACAGUUCGGAGCAAUAAAAAUGACAGAAGACGCAGCAGUCUGACAGCCCUACGUCACUAAUCCGUAAACCCAGCGAAACGAUAAAUCCACAGAGAAAAAUAUCCAGUAAAAAUUACGGGACUCACAGUUCGCUCACCGAUUACGGAAUCGACUCAGAAAAUUCA